AUGGGACGAUCCAGUAAUAAUUACCAAUUCGAUCCUAAUGUCAAUAAAUUUGCAUCCGUCCUUAAUAUAUUAGCAGGACAUAAUGCCUAUGAAUUUAUUAGGAUCAAUUUGUCAGAUGCUUUACCUUCUACUACAACUUUGAAAAAUUAUAAUCAAAACAUAAGUUUACCAUUGCGUGAAUGUGAAUUUCGAUUUGAUUUACUUAAAAAUUAUUUGGAUUCAAUUGAUUCUAAUUAUGUAUUCGCGUCAACCGAAGCUGAUGGCAAUCUAUCAGCAAGUGAAAAAUAA